ACUACAGUUAACACUUUUCCUUGUUGCACGUAACUGAUGUGUAGGAUGGAACUGUUAUACGCGGACAAAAUGAAAUAUCUCAUCCAACCCAUGGGUCCAUGCAACCAAUAGACAAGGAUGCCUCUUCAGCCCCAGCACUUCCUUCUAGAAUAAAACGGGUAUUCUACAUGUCCAGUGAAGGGAGCAACUUACUGCAUGAGGUCUUCCCCAGUUUAAAUCCCACUGUGUUGGAACAGUUGAGAAGCGUUGACUGUAUCGUAUUUGGCAUGGGCUCCCUCUUUACUUCCAUCUGUCCCUCUCUGGUUUUACUUGGAGUGGGGGAAACCAUCUCUUUGCGGUCUUGUCCCAAGGUACUUCUGUUGAAUGGUACUCAUGAUCGAGAAACUAGUGGCUUUAGUGCUUCUUGCUUUGUGACUGCCAUUACUGAUGCCUUAAAUCGAACUUAUGGAGGUCCUCAUAAUUGUCUUAAAAAUUCUCCAAACAAAUAUAUCAACACCCUUCUGGUGCCGAAAGAUGGCCAAAUACCUGUGGAUGUAGAAAGCCUGGCUUCUCAAGGAAUUUUCAAUGUGGUCACUGUGGAUUCCAUCCAUGAUCCAAAAGUGGGUGUGCUUUUUGAUCCCAAAUCACUGAUUCAAGCACUUUACAAUCUGUUGACUAACGCAUGAGCCUGAAUGCUACUGUGACUCGUCAAGCCUUAAUUUAUCGGAAAUUUCGGAGCUUGUGGCACAGUAGUCUUCUGAAGUUUCUCCCUUUUUGCACAACUUGCAAUGCUAUGGCAGAAUCUGAAGAGAAACAGGCUCUUCCUGAACACUUGUAGAUAACAAUUCAAGCAGCUCUGCAUUGAUUUCUCCAUGAAGUCUGAAGGAUGAUGGUAUGACUUCCAUAGUUCCACGUAGGCAUUGGCUUUGAUCUUAUUCAGCAGCUCUCACUGGGAAAGAAUACCGUGAAUUUAUCUGAAACCCAUCUGUUGUUUCAAAUUAUAAACGAAUUUGGACAUGUACAGAAUGAAUUUUUUUUUGCCAACCACAACUUGUUUGGGGUUGAAGCAUAAUAGUGGUUGUACAUAAUUAAAUUUUCUGUAUAUCAAGAACCUUAUUUUUUAAGGAAAAUAUUCACU